AGUGUGCGCGUCGUUGUUGUGUUGUUUAAGGGGCGGAGCUGCGGAGCCACAGUUGGGAUGAGGAGUUGAGCGACCAGGCUGGACAUGAACGACUAGGAACUUUCGCACUUUUUCCUGCACCAAAAACAACAAAACCCGGCAACGAAGAUGGGGCAGUGUGGCAUAACGUCAUCGAAGACCGUUUUGGUCUUUCUAAACAUGAUUUUCUGGGCGGCUGCAGGGAUCCUCUGCUACGUCGGCGCCUACGUCUUCAUCACGUACGAUAACUACGAUCACUUCUUCGAGGACGUCUACACUCUCAUCCCAGCUGUGGUCAUCAUCGGCGUCGGAGCACUCCUUUUCAUCAUCGGGCUGAUCGGCUGCUGCGCCACGGUGCGAGAGAGUUACUGCGGACUCACCACGUUUGUCGUCAUUCUCUCCAUGGUCUUUGUGACCGAGGUGGCUGUCGUGAUAUUUGGAUACGUUUACAGAGCAAAGGUCGAAGAUGAUGUCAAUAAGUCGAUCAAGAACGUGUAUGAUCAGUACAACGGCCCGAACAGCAACGCCCAGAGCCGUGCUAUUGACUACAUCCAGACGCAGCUUCAGUGCUGUGGAAUUCAAAACUACUCGGACUGGCAGGCCACUCCAUGGUUUAAGGAGUCCAAGACCAACAGUGUGCCUCUCAGCUGUUGCAAGCACUCUGUGGUGGGCUGCAACGGUACCCUCACCCGCCCACAGGAUCUCUACCGAGAGGGCUGUGAAGAACUGGUUGUGAAGAAGAUGAAGGAGAUAAUGAUGUAUGUUAUCUGGGCUGCUCUGACGUUCGCCGUCUUCCAGAUGCUGGGAAUGCUGUGCGUGUUUGUGGUGCUGCGCAGGAGCCGAGAGCCGCCGUACGAGCUGCUGGUCACAGAAGGAACCACCGCUUGAAAGAGGAACCUUUGUGUUCAAGUCACUCAUUUAGGGAAAAGAUGUCAUUUUAUUCUGAGUGUGGAUUAAAUUGACCCGUGCUCUAUUAUUUAAAACAUAAGCUGUAACUCCGAGGGCUCAUUUACCUGGUCAGUUUCCAUAGUUCUGUCGUGGUUGUUUUAAGCAGACCUUCAAAACUGAGGUCAAAGGUGGACAGGGUCAUUUCUUUGUAUUUGCACUAUGUAUAUGGUUUUCAGUAAUAGAUAUUCAAAUCUAUAUUUGACAUAUUUAUCUAUAUUCUCCGACUCAUACCGUCACUCCGACUUCUGUCUUCCACCUUUUUUGUUUGCAGUGUUUUUGUCUCCAUAAAAAGCAGACACCGUAGCUGAAGUUUGUUUUUGUGUGUGAACCUGAACCUGCUCACUUGGCUGACAGUUUUCAACCCUGCAAUAAUCUGAUUUCAAACCGGUCUAGGGUAGGUUGUAUUUUGAAGCUGUUAUGCAGGGCUUGAUGGAAAGCAGAUUUCUCCGUUGCAUUUUUUUUUUUGUCCCACUAGUCAUUGUUUGUAGCAAUGGGGAUUGUUUCAUGUAAAUAAAAUAUAGGAGUUUAAAGGUU